AUGUGUCGUUUCAGAGAACAGACAAAAGAGGAAACUGAGAGAAUCAAUGAAUUUGUUUCCUCCAAGACGAAUGGUUUGAUUAAGAACUUGAUUCCUCCAAAUGUGAUUACGCAAUCAACUUGUAUGGUGUUGGUGAAUGCCAUUUACUUUCUCGACAAGUGUCGAUAUGAUGACUCGAUACGAUGCGGAUGGUGUGGAGUAUGGUGGAGAGAAUUCUUCAUACCAUUGGGUUUCUUUGCCUUAUAUAAGAAUGAAGAGUUUGAAAUGACCAUUGUCAUGCCACGCUCUCAUAUCUUAGUAUCGACAGAAACGGAAAUGGAAUUCGAUCGGUGGUUUGUUCAGCAAAUAUUUAGCGCAUCAAAGGAUUGUUCUCUCAGUGAAAUCUUCUCAACUUUUCCAACCACACUCUCGGAACUUGGAAUUCCAAAAUUCAAAAUGGAUUUUUCCGUCAUGUUGAGUGAGACGUUGCGUCGACCGCCAUUUAAUAUGAAGAAAUGUUUAGCACCAGGAGCUGAAUUUAGUGAAAUGGUGCAUGAGAGCUCUAAUUUGUUCAUUUCUGAGGUGAUUCAUAAGGCUUACAUUGAUGUGAACGAGGCCGGCACAGAAGCUGCUGCUGCCACUGCUGUUAUCAUGAUGGAUGAAAGUGAUUGUGCAGAUGAUGAGAUGGAACGAUUGACAUUCGUUGCGGAUCGACCAUUUAUUUACAUGCUUCGACACAAAAGCUCGGGUAGCAUCUUGUUCAUUGGAAAAUUUAAUGGAUAA